AUGCCCAAGCUCACUUACCAAGUCGCGAACGCACCAGGUCGGAUAUUCGGCAAGAACUCCAACGAGCUGGUGUUCAAGGAGCCAAGCGCGAAUGCCGUUAUCUACAGCACAUCCACCGAGACCGGGUGGGUCAAGAGCACAAAGAAGUAUGUCUGGCGUGGACAACCAAGCGAGAAAGAAGGCGGCAUCUGCAUCGCGACCAUCGACGAGCCGAGCUAUGCAACACUUGCAGUGCACCCGUCGCGGACGGCAGAGACCGAGGAGGCAGAGUCCGCAUCCGAUGAUAAGGCCAAGCUGAAGCUCAAGAGCACUUGGUUUGGAAGUAACAACCGCACCGUGACGUUCCGAGGAAUCACGUACACAUGGACGGGGACGUCCAAAAUCACGGAUAAGGACGGCAAGGUGGUCGCCAAGAUGGCGAAGCCGUGGUUCUACCAGGGAAAGCUCGGCGACCUGGAGAUCGACAUUGACGACGGCGAGGAGGGCCGCGAGGUGCUGGAGAUGGUCCUUGCUACCUAUGUUCAGCGCUGGUGGGAGGAGAAGGUCAAGGCGGAGAAAGCUGCCGAGGAGGCAAAGGAGCAGAAAGCUAAGGAGAAAAAGGCCGCUCCGGCUACGGUCAAGUCACAGAAGCAACAGGAGAAGAAGGAAAGUGACAACAAGGAAGAGGCGCAAACGCAGGAACCAAGCUCAUGA